UGAGGCUGCAAUCUUUCCCUCCCUCUCUUCCUCUCUGUCUUUCUUUACAUUUCACCGUCCACUCUGGAUCAGCACGCUGGACCUGUUGGCUCUGCAGAGGACCGUUCAGGACUCCAGUUUAAUGACCACGACGCCCAGGUUUCCCCUCCUCAGACGGAUCAGCACGGAUGAUGCGUUUUGCGCUGCAGCUAUUCAAUGAAAGAAAAGACGCGCAGCAGCAGAGAUGGGCACCGUUCCUGGACCUCCAGCUCCCCGGUCAGGGAGAAGUUGUCAGAGCACCGUGUUGGCUGUAGUCGCUCCAGCGGUGCUUCUCAUCCAGCUGUGCGCCGCCUUUAACCUGGACGCAGACAGACGCGUCGUUUUCACCGGACCACCGGGGAGUUAUUUCGGUUAUUCAGUAGAGUUCUUCAGCAACUCAUCCAGCAUUUUGAUCGGCGCUCCAAAAGCCAACACCAGCCAGCCGGACAUCGCCGAAGGAGGAGCUGUGUACUUGUGCCCCUGGAGACAAGCUAACUGCAACGUUAUCAACUUCGACAAGAAAGGUGACCGGUAUUUUAAUAUAAAUGAUGUGAACACUCAGGUUGAGUUCAAGUCCCAUCAGUGGUUUGGAGCUACUGUGCGUUCCCAUGGUGACAGCAUCCUGGCUUGUGCUCCCAGGUAUUAUUGGAGGACCGAGCACGACACACCCUUUGCAGAUGUUACAGGAACAUGUUACCUCUCUGUAGAUGGUCUCAAAACAUUUGUGGAAUACGCACCAUGCCGAACAGAAAGACAUGGACCUGCUGGACAAGGCUACUGUCAGGGGGGAUUUAGUGCUGACUUCACCAAGGAUGGGAGGGUUGUGCUUGGAGGACCAGGCAGCUUUUACUGGCAAGGUCAGCUGAUCUCAGCCACUACAGAGGAGAUUGUGAAGGCUUACUAUCCUGCUUACUUCCUGCUGUCGGUCCACGGGCAGAUUCAGACCCGACAGGUGCAGGGGACCUAUGAUGACAGUUACCUGGGCUACUCAGUGGCUGGCGGUGAAUUCAGUGGGGAUGAUGAGGAAGAUUUCAUCACAGGAGUUCCAAAAGGACUCAUGCUGUAUGGUUUAGUGUCCAUACUGAGUGGAGGGGAUCUGAAGCCUCUGCUGAACCUAACAGGGGAGCAGAUGGGGUCCUACUUUGGCUACGCAGUGGCAGCCACCGACAUCAACAAGGACGGUCUGGAUGACCUGGUGGUCGGAGCUCCGAUGUUCAUGCGUCGAGGCUCUAACGGGCGCCUGGAGGAGCUGGGUAAAGUUUACGUUUACCUCCAGAGGGGUCCUCUGCAGCUGGAGCCGAGCCAGUCCCACUUGCUGGGUACGCAGGCCUUCAGCCGGUUCGGUACCUCUCUGGCACCGCUGGGCGACCUCAAUCAGGAUGGAUUCAAUGACAUGGCUAUCGGCUGUCCCUACGGAGGAGACGACCAGCAGGGGUUGGUUUUUAUUUAUAACGGUCACGCUGGAGGGCUGAAGGAUGCUCCGACUCAGACCCUCUCUGGCCAAUGGGCUUCCAGCUCUUUCCCAGCUAGUUUCGGCUUUGCUCUGCGAGGCGACAGAGACCUGGACCAAAAUGGAUACCCAGAUCUGAUUGUUGGUGCCUUUGGGAUAGAUAAAGCUGUGCUGUACAGAGCUCGACCAAUAGUGAGCGCCAGCGCAUCCCUCACAGUGCAGCCGACCAUGUUUAACCAGGAAGAGAAGACAUGUUUGCUGGUCACAGGGAAUGAAACCAUUUAUGUGUCUUGUGUCAGCAUCAGUUUCUGCCUGCUGGCUAAUGGGAAGCACCUCCCCUCUCAUCUAGGUUUUGUGGUGGAGGUGCAGUUGGACAGUGUGAAGCAGAACCAGAAGCAGUCUAUCAGGAGGACUCUGUUCCUGGAGAGCCAGCAGCCCAGUCUGGUGAAGACCUUCAGUCUUGCUAACGGAGAACGAUUGUGCCACGACAGCAAGAUCUAUCUGAGGGCUGAGGAGGAGUUUCGGGAUAAACUCUCUCCCAUUUACAUCAGCCUCAACUUCAGUCUGGAUCCUCAGGCCCCGCUGGACCAACAUGGCCUCAGUCCCAUCCUGAAUUAUCAGACAGAACAACUCAUAGAGCAGAAGGCCCAGAUUCAACUGGAUUGCGGAGACGACAACAUCUGCGUCCCUGACCUCAAGCUGGCUGUUUAUGGUGACAGAACAGAGGUUUACCUUGGCGAUGAAAACUCCUUAAGCCUGACCUUCAAUGCCAGGAAUGAGGGGGAAGGCGGAGCGUAUGAGGCUGAGCUUUACGUAGCUCUUCCCUCGGAGGCCGACUACAGUGGAAUAGCUCGCAACAAUGCGAGCCUGACCCAGCUGACGUGCAGCUACGAGGCAGAAAACCAAACCCGUUAUCUCGUGUGCGAUCUGGGAAAUCCCAUGAAGUCUGGUACCAGUUUAAUGGCUGGUCUUCGCUUCACUGUGCCCAGACUGAAGGAUACUCACAAGACUAUUCAGUUUGAGCUACAAAUACGAAGUAAAAAUGCCAAUAACUCAGAGAGUGAGGUGGUGCUGUAUGAGCUGGAGGUGGCUGCCAUGGCUGAGGUCAUUCUGCAGGGUGUUUCUCGACCAGACAAAGUCAUCUUUCCUCCUCCCAACUGGACGGUUCGGCAGAGUCUUGUGGAGGAGCAGGACGUCGGGCCUGAGCUUCAGCAGGUCUAUGAGCUGGUGAAUGACGGGCCCAGUUUGGUGAGUGAGUUAAUCUUGGAGGUGAAAUGUCCUCUGAAGGCUCACGGCUACGAGCUGCUCUACCCGGUGGAGAUACUCACCGAGGGUCCGCUCAGCUGCUCCUCCAAAACAGCCUUCAAUGCACUGAAACUCAAGCCUCCAGCACCAGAGGGUCCGACGGCACUGAAGUCCAACACUGAACACCACAUCCAGAGGAGGGAGGUGUACAGGGAUCCACUGGCUGAACAAACAAACCUGACAUGCAGUGCAGUGGAGUGUUGGCAGCUGCAGUGUAACGUGGGUCUUCUGCAGAGAGGAGCCAGCGUCCUCCUCAUCGCACGCUCCAGAGUCUGGGCCGAAACCUUCAUCGAGCGAGCUCAUAAACAGUUCACUCUGGAGUGUUCUGUUCACUACAAGGUUAUUAGGAUGCCAUAUUUGAUUCCUCCAAAAUUCAAGUCAUCAGGAUCCAAAAAGGUGGUGACAGCUGUGAUCUGGAACAAACAAGACAGUCAGUUCCCAGUUCCGGUGUGGAUCAUUAUCCUGGCUGUUCUAGUUGGGCUGCUAUUACUGGCCCUGCUCAUAUAUCUGUUGUAUAAGAUGGGCUUCUUUAAAAGGUCGGAUCCGUACGCUACGACACUGGAGAAAGCCCAGCUGAAACCCCAGGCGUCCUCGGAAGCUUAGAUCCUCCUGCAGCUGCUCCAAAGAACUGGAAGUACCACCACAUUCCCAACCGAAUAACAAAACUCGCCAAUGAUAAGCAGCCAACCCAUUCAUCAAAGGACAGUUAUGGGUGCUGCAUCACUGGAAUACAUAAAAUCUGGUGCUGCACUAAAAUGCCAAAGCAGAGAAGGUGACGAGGGUCACGCAGUUGAAUAUGCACUGCUGUUUGUGGACAUUAAUUUGUACAAUCAGAGCUUUCUUAGAAGCUUGACCCUGUGGAAAAUGCUCCUUUUACAGGACUCUUGUAUCAACACGGGGAAAAAAAUGCACCUCCCAUAAAGCACUAAACCUGCAGUAUUUCUUCAUUCUAAGAAGGUGCAUUUAAAGCCAUGUUUGCGAUCUCAGUGUUUGAUAUUUCUGUAAAUUCCUGCUUUUGUAUUGUGUAUACACCACUUGUUAUUUAUGGCACAGUGUUUUCCUAUCGAUUGUUGAAUGUUGUACUGUACUGUCUGCAGGAAAAACUUGAUGCAAUGUUUAACUUGAAUUAUUUCUCUCCCAUAUUGGGAGGUUCUUUGUGUAUGAUGCAAUGUAUUCACUGUGUUAUGACCUAUUGGUGUUGUGGCCCAGAUUAAAACCAGAUUUUUUUUGUAUACCCACAAAAGUCUGUCGAUGUGUCACCUUAAAGGAAAGGAGACAAAAUCAACACCAUCGCUAUUGAUUUGAGAUGCUUUCUUGGUCGAUUUUAAGUUGUUCUUUUGUCAGUGAACUCUAUGAAUAUGAUCUCAAGGCAGAACUGAGGGUGAGAGUGCAUCCAGUUUAGUGACCUCAGAAUUAAAACCCUGCUUUUUUGAAAAAUGACAAGUUGUUCUGUUGGUGUUGACAUGCACUGGGGCAGUUGUGUUGAUCUCUUAUGAAUCUUAGGCCAUGGUUAAAGGCAUUAGAGGAGAUUUAAUUUCCUACGACUUUGAACGUAGCAUGCGCUCAUACAACCUCUCCCUCACCCCCCUCUAACCUCCCCCCUCUUAACAUUUACGAAGAAACGCCCCCCUCCAGAAACUUGCGUAGGACUCGUGAAGUUGUAUUUUACGGCUGGGUCCCCCUGGAUCUUUAUCUGCCAUUAUGUAAAAAAAGAUGAGCAAAACAAGUCGCCAGCUAACUACGAAGCUAAACCAAAGCAACACAUACAGAAAACGCUUAAGUCCAAGGCGUACGUAAUCUACGUAACUAGGCCUGAGCCGGAAGAUUUUUGAUUGACAGGAAAGGGAGCAAACCAAACGCCUCGGUCCGAGCACGUUGAUUGGCUGAUGUUUUUCAGGUCCUGCCAUGUCCAUAGUUAUUUUUAUUUAUUUUUUUAUUUUUUUAGAAACCAUACAUACAAGUCAACUAAAGGUCGGUAUAUUCAUUUUAUGUGAAUCAGACAAAUUAAACAAAAAAAACAAAACAUCCUCCAUAAUGCCUUUAAAUGUUGCAGUGCAGGGAGAAGGCUGAUGCUCCAAGUGAAAGUGUAAGUAUCUCAGGGUCUUGUUGGAAGAACAGUUUAUUCUUCACAAGUAAUUUCUUUGCUUCAACACAUUCAUGCAUCCACCUCUUGUAGCCCAACUGUGCUUGAUCUAAUUUUACAGUUGAUGUUGAAUCAGAGUCUAUAUUACCUCCAUUGUCACUCGUUUUAUGUCAGUUAACUCAAAGAACAUUAAUUUAAUCCCACAUUGUCUGAACGUUGAGGAAUACUGUCACAUGAGAUUGUCUUGUAGCCCCCUUGAUGUCACACUGAAAUUUUUCAUUGGAAGUAAUGGAUUCUGAUGGGCCCUGCUUGCUUUCUGCUUUGAAGAAUUGUCUGCCAAGUGUUGUCAGGUAUUUCAUGUGCACAACCUCAUGGAUAGCUGAUCAAAACCUUGGACACAGACAUGCUGGAGGUUGUCACCAGACUUUAUGUAAUCAAGAACGAAACAGUUUAAGUUGUCCCAUGUUAUGUGCAUGUUCAUGCUACUUGUUGACCCACAAAGUCUUUUACAAUAAAAUAAGAUGAUUUUAGACAGCACAAUAUACUUAUAUCGUUGCUGAUUAUUCGGAGGUCUGUGCUCCAAGCAGGAUUUGGGGUGAGUGAAGAAACUUUGGCUUUAACGCUGGGUUUUCCAGGUUAUGAUGGUCGAGUUUUCUUCCUGAGGGGGGCGGGGAUAGCAGCAGCUCAGCAGCAUUUACAGCUGUAGACACUGAAACGGACCAUUUAGAGCAGAGCUACAACCAGGAGUGAUACAGUCAUGGUGAAAUAAACCAUUUUUGAAGUUUUUUUUUUUUAACUGAAAAUAGUGGGAAAUACAUUGUGGGGACGUGUGAGACUUUAAUUCAUUUGAUGAAUUGUUGCACAAUAUGAAGUCUUUAAGAGUACAUACUUGUGCAAAAGAAAAAAAUCUUUUAUUUCUCCUUGUUUGAAUUAAUCUGUUUAAAAUACAGCAGCUCACUUUUAACAGCUACAAAAAAAACAUUUCAAACACAUUUUUCUGGCUGCACUAGUUAUCUCCUGAUUGAUUUGAGUUUCUUUCAUUUGCUUUUAAAGCUUUGGUUGAUGCUUAUGUUUAAAGUAUAAUUCUUGCUGAUUUCGACCAGCUGUUAAACGUGCUCUGUGAAUAAAUCACCCACUGAGUGUUUUCUUGUUGA